CCCCCCCCCCUCUCUGGUUAAUGAUUACAGAGGCGGCUCUGGGAUCCAGCAGUCGGUCGUCUCCUCUUCGGCCCGCACACUUCAUCAUCAUCAUGCUCCUCGCAGUCUUUCUCUUCUUGUCUCUUUUCCUCCAAGGUUUGCCGCAGAAGACCGAGCCUCUGAGCAGCGCCACCUCCCAGCCCUUAUUCCGCGGCGCCGACCGCUACGACUUCGCCGUCUUGGUGGGGCCGGCUGGCUCGGAAUGCUUCUACCACUUUGCCCAUCAGAGCAGCUAUUUCUACUUUGGAUAUGAGGUUCAAUGGACCUCUGGAGUCAUGCAGGACCAGAAGGUGUCGGCUUCAGUCCACAACCCGCAGGGAUUUCUGAUUGAGACCUCCAGUGAUGGACGCGGACAAAUCAACUUCGAGACCAAAGAGACGGGAUUCUAUCAGCUGUGUGUCAAUAACUGGCAGAACCACUUUGGCUCAGCCCAGGUGUACCUGAACUUUGGGGUGUUCCAUGAUGGGGAGGGUCCCGAGCAUGCGCCUGAAAACCAUCAUCAGAAGUUAAACGACACUUUAGCAACCAUUGAGGCGAGCUCUCAGGUGGUGUUGGGUCGUAUUCUGCACAUGUGGCGUUAUUAUACUUUCGCCCGCAUGAGACGAGGCUCCGAUUAUUACAGACUGAUGUCCAACUACUACUACGUGAACUGGUGGUCGGCGGGUACCAGCGUCCUCAUCGUGGUCUCGGGGGUCCUGCAGCUCUACUUCCUGAAGCGCCUGUUCAAUGUGAAGACCACCACAGAGGCGCAGAAGCCGCGGUGCUGACGGGAUGCAGACGCUGCGCUCGUACACAACGCAAUCUGGGAACUCAAUGCACAGAUCUCGCCCCCAACAAACUUCAUCAGUAGACCGAAGCCGGUUCCUACCGGUGAUGUCAUGGAGGGUUAAUAUGAGAUUCUUCUACAUGCUGGGAAAUUUCUCUGGGUCACGCAGAAUGAUUCAAGUCCUCAUCCCUCUACACAAGACAUGCUCAGUGGACCCGUUUAUUUGUCCCGAUCAAAACCAUCGAUCUGCUCUAAGCUGUGCCUUUUCCCAUGAAACUGAUCAUUACUAAUAAAAAUAUUUUAUAAGCUGUGA